AUGUUUGCCGACAUACAAAAGACUCCAACAUCAGAUGAAAAUAUCCAGCAUAGAAUGGAAGAACUGAAAAAAAAUGUACACAAAUACAACAACCCUUUUUACUUACGAGCAUUUAACGUUCAAUCUUCGGAUGAACUCGGUGAAAAUAAAAGGUUAAAUUUCAAGAAAACAUAUAGAAAUGAAACAUUGUUUAAAGUUCAUUCAGAACCUAACCAAGAUGGAAACAAACCUACUUUUGUUUCUGCAGACGAUGGAACUACAAUGAGAUGGGGUCAUAAAGCUAACCCGGAUAGGUGGUUCAUAAACUUACAACCACAAUUCCAAGAAGUUGUAGACGCAAUGGAAGUCAAUGGUGAACGAGAUAUAGCUGGUAUUUUAAGCGCGGCUUUAAUGCCAUUGAAAGAUAUGAAACAUGCAGAUAUUUUGGACCAGUAUGAAAUGAACAUGGCUGAUGGAAAUAUAACACCUGACGUUCUAGAACAUUUAUCUCAAAGAACUACACAGAACCAUAGAGAUGGUAUAUUUGGUGAAGAGUUUAGAAAGACAGUUAGGGAGAGAGAAGGAAGAGAACCUAUUGUACAUGACCUUGCAAAUGAAA